GACGCUGGUCGGUAAGGUUAUCGGGGUUUGUUAGAUCGUGUAUCUUCGUUGUUUACGCGAAGUUGACCACGUGCUCGGUCGUUCUGACGUCCAGAACUUCAAUGGUUUAAAAGGGGAGGAAGAUUUCCACAAGUGCUUAAAAUAUGGAUAACUUCUACAGUUCUCGUUUACAUGGAUUUCCUAAUCUGAGUAGGGGUAGUGGUAGUAUGGAGUCAGCCCUAUCAGAACAAGGAAUCCUGUCUCUUCUGAUUGUUUUGGGUAGCAGUGUUUCCUUAGUGGGCUUGGUGUUCGCUUUUAUAACAUACAGCCUUUUCUCGGAUCUUCGGAACUUGUCUGGAACAGCGCUGAUGAAUCUUCUGGCAGCCAUGUUUAUGACUCAAUUACUCUACGUAGUCGGUGUUGGAGGCAUAGUUGAUCCCGAUCUUUGCAUUUCGUUGGCUUUCAGUCUUCAGUACGUUCGACUGUGUAUACUCUGUUGGUUGUUGGUUAUCGUUCAUCACAUGUACAGGCAGUUCAACCUUCACAUACACACUUUGAUACCUAGACCAGAGUUAUCAAUAAGCAGAACUUUUUUGGGAUAUUCCUUAUUUGCUUGGGGACUUCCUGCUGUUCUACUGUUCAUAAGCAUAAUUAUAGAAUAUGAGGACAAAUCAAUUGACCUGAUUUUGAGGAACACCAACGAAACAGUUAAACAUAAUUGUUGGUUCCUGGAUAAUAAAUCCUUCUACAUCUGUUAUCUGGUUCCAUGUUGCAUCUGCUUUCUUUGUACCGUAUGGUACAUGUUAUGUGCCAUAGUAGCCGUGUACAGAGCGGUGACAAUCCAACUAGAUAGGAAAGUAAGAAGUAGAAUGCUCAAAAAGAGACGAAUGCAGAUAUUUCUAUUCUUCAAGAUCACAAUAAUAAUCUACGGGAUAGUUGUCCUAGGAGCUCUUUAUAGGCAGGAGGACAACGAAUACACCAAAAUAUCGUUUCAUGUGACUCAAGGACUUCAAGGAAUCAUAGUGGCGAUGCUGGUAACUUGCAAUUGUCAGGUGCUGAAACUUUAUAGCAAAUCGAUCAAGGUGAACAAAAGGAAAUUACCGAAGAUGUACGGUGUAGACAAAAAGGAACUCAACAAGUCGACCAGUAUGCAGCUCUUAACGUGGCAAUCUCCCCCAGAUAUCGUUUAAGGGUUUAUCUUGAGAUAUAAUCGAAUAUGCUUCUCUACCCUCUCUCGUACCUGUCUGCUACUAAGUAGUGGCUUAUUAUAAUAUGUGAAUAAUGCCCCUCUCAAAUUCCUUCGGAAAAUUGUACAUAUCAGGAAAAUAACGAAAAUUUACGAUCGAUGGAAAAUAUGGUUUUCACCAACCCAAAAAAAUUAUUAUAUGUUUUG